UACGCGUGACAUGCACGUGACCCGUAUGAAUCUCUUCCCUUUGCGGAGACACUGAAAGCCUUCCCUCCCUCCUCCGCCAUUCUCACCUCGUCGAAUUGCGACCCCACCACCAAAUACCGCCACCCUGUCGCUGCUCGCUUCAAAUAUACUCUUCUCUUCCGCAGGCAACUCUCCGAAAGUUCAUAGCUGUGAAGACUGCCAUCGCAUUCUCUCUCCUUCAUUCUUCGUUAUCUUCGCCAAAGUUUUCUGGAUAUGUCAUCUCAAUUAACGCCGUCCAAGAGGCCACAUGAGCAGAGUGAUUCAGAGCCCAAUGGAAAAGGGAAGUUGCAGAAACCGGCUUAUUUUACUUCCCAAAAUACAUCAUUUAAAAUUACUCCAGGAAGCAUUGUUUUUCGAGUGCUUUGUGCUGCUUCUAAAACUGGAAGUGUUAUUGGAAAAGGGGGUAACAAAAUAUCACAGAUACGCCUGGAUACUGGUGCAAAGGUGAGGGUUGAGGAAACCGUUCCUGGGUGCAAUGAGAGAGUAGUUGUUAUCGCAGGAUCUGGGAUUGAGAUUGGAAUUUCUACUGAUCAGAGCAAGGAUGCAGAUGAAGAAACUAAAGAAACUCAAGCAACUGAAGAGACCAAUGAUGCAGAAAAACCUGAUGGGGAUAGUACACAAAAACAGUCUGUUGCAGGGGAAGAUUUGCAAUCCGAAAAGGUUGCUUCUUCUGUGCAGAAGGCUCUGUUGCUUGUGUUUGAAAGAAUGGUUGAAGGAGAACAAGAAGAACCAGAGAUGAAUGGAGGGGAUGCAGAUCCUAAAAAAGAGAACACAACCAUUGUUGUGAGGUUACUCGUACUUUCUACUCAAGUUGGCUGCCUUUUGGGAAAAUCUGGUGGCGUAAUCAAACAAAUGGCCUCUGAAAGUGGGGCACAGAUACGGAUUCUUCCUAGGGAUAAACUUCCCUUGUGUGCAUCUUCUUCCGAUGAAUUGGUUCAGAUAUCUGGAGAAGUAAACGCAGUUAGGAAAGCACUUCAAUCUGUUUCACAGCAGCUUCUAGAUCAUCCACCUCGAGAGAAUGAUUCUUUCUCUGCCAACAAUAGCGGUUCAUCUCAUUCCUUUGGUGGUUCUUUUUCUCGGCAAGACUCACAUCCUCCUUUUCCUUCUCAUGGAGGACCAUUACCUGCAGGGCCUCGUGAUGGUGGAAGUGGUACUUUUGGGCGUUUUGGUUCUCUCCAAGACAUGCUAACCUACCGUUUGAUAUGCCCUGAUGAGAAGGUGGGGGGUGUAAUUGGAAAAGGGGGAACUAUUGUGAAGGCACUUAAGCACGAGACCGGAUGUGACAUUAAAGUCCUUGAAAGAACUGCAGAAUCAGAUGACCGUGUUAUUGUCAUAUCUGGACCAGCGCACCCAGAUGAGAGGAUAUGUGCUCCCCAAGAUGCAGUUCUUCGUGUACAAACAAGGAUAUAUCGGGCUGCACCUGAGAACAAGGCAGUGACAGCAAAAAUCAUAGUGUCUGCACAUCAAAUUGGAUGUCUCCUUGGCAAGGGUGGUGCAGUUAUAUCUGAAAUGAGAAAGACAACUGGGGCUUAUAUUCGUAUAUUAGGAAAGGAUCAAACUCCACAGUAUGCUGCUGAAAAUGAAGAAGUAGUUCAGGUAAAUGGUGACUUUGAUGCAGUCCAUGAGGCUCUUUUGCAAAUAACCACAAGACUGCGAAAUCAUUUUUUUCGAGAUGCAUUUCCUUCUAUGAAUCAUCCAUCAAAUCCUGGUUUCCCAGAUCAUGGUCCACCAUUUCCAUCAUACAUGGGUAGGAGGGAGCAUUCACCACCAGGAAGGUACUCCUCUUUUAACCGGUUUGAUGCUGGUCCCCCUCCACAUGGUGCGUUUCACCCGCAUGAUGAUUGCCCUCCAUUUAUGAAUGAUCGACCAGGCUUUCCCCACCCUAUGUCUGAAAGAUCUUCAGCACCAUGGGGUCCUCAGGUUAUUGAAGGUCGUGGUGGGUUUGGUGGACCUCUAGGCUUUUCUGACUAUGGAGGAGUCCCCCAAAGGAGAAUGGGUGGAUUUGGAGGAGGAAGCCACCAAGCUAUAAUCACAAAUACCACUGUGGAAGUUGUUGUUCCUCGUACUGUUGUACCUUCUAUAUAUGGAGAGGAUGGUGGAUGUCUAAAACAAAUUCGUGAGAUCUCUGAUGCGAAAAUCACCAUAACCGACCCGAAACCUGGAGCAAAAGAAACUUUGAUCAUAAUAUCCGGCACACCUGAGCAGGCUCAUGCUGCACAGUCCCUUAUUCAAGCUUUUGUGAUUAGCGAGAGUGAAGGUUCUUGAUAAUCAUCUACGGAAGAAUGCAGAAUGUUUUUGCUGUUUAUUUGAAGGUAUGAGUGGUACUAGCUAGGGGAGAAUAUGUUAGAUUCAAGAUUUGCCUGCUCUUCUCAUACUACACAUA